AUGUUGGCUAAUGUACUGAAAGUUGUGUUUAGCACGUUUCCCGUUCAGCAACGGCUGCACGCCAUACAACCUUUUCUACAGCGCUGGAAUGUUCGUGUGCCGCAGAGGAUUGACAGUGUGGCACUGGAAGACUACUUCUCUGAUAUGAUACAGAGACUGUCGCUGAAAAUUAACCGCGUGAUGGAGCGCAAGGGCCAGGUGUUGGGAGGGAAACCGUGUGAUUUUGCUAGUACCUGGGGCACCAAUCGUAUGAGCAACACUAGUGGGGGCGUUGGCAAGGCUGAGGCGGAGGUCGGGCUUCCCACUGUUGCGCCUGUGCGCCGCUCAGUGGUUUUUUUAGAGAACCCCAUGGAUGCCACGAGCAUGAGGGAAAAAAGUGGGACCGAAACGAGCAGGGGGAGUAAGUCGCUUCAGUCUACUGGCUCACAAGUGUGGUAG